CAACCCGAACCGCCACAACAGCUGGGGGAGGAUUUCCGACCCAGUCACAGCGAAGAUGGUGGCAACUACGGCAGUGGAGGUAUUGCGUUCGCCCGGAUAAAACGGAAAACCAACCGCAAAACUCCCGCCGCGUGUCUGUUUUAUUUAGCCCCCAACUCAGCGGAGAGCUAUAUCUGGGGGGAAAAGGGAGGCAACCAGCGGCAGACGGAAGAGGACGCACCACAGCCGGAGCGCACAGUGUUGUGUUUGUUGGACACAUGCAUGCCAGCGAAAACUAGUGCUACACAGACCUAAGGAAUUGGUUGAGAUAAGGAGAUAGUGCCGUUUGUGGGCGGUUUUUGAUAAUCCCACCGCGGAGUUAUCCAAGGGUUUCCCUUUAUUGCUCUGGGGGGUGUCUACUUCUUUGCUCUGGGGAAUGCAAGGGGAGGAAAUCCAGCCUCAGCUCCAAAUAACCAGAGACUCUUAAACUGGGUCUCCUCUCCAAACGCAGGAAAUACGGCCUGGGAAAAAAAGUUUGGGAUCUUUUGGAAACGAGAGGUCGCUGACGAUUUGCACGCGUUUUACGACGUGUUUUUUUUUUUUAAAACUCUUACGUUUUUUUGUAUUAAGCGCCCGUGCUUUCCAUAGAAUAAGUUGAAGAAAAGUAGUGAAAUGUUACACGCCGUUGGUGUUGUUAUUGCAAGAGUUUUGAUCAUCACUAUUUAUAGACCAGCCUGUUCCGACAGAGGCUGUUCCCCAUAGCUGUACAUUUUGCCAACUGCGCGCAACAAGUUGCAGACACUCCCAGCAGAGGCAAAGCCACACGAAUUUGGGCCAGCGGACGGUAUUUUCUGCGCUUCUCUUUUCGGAUUACGCGUCUUUGAAUAGCGCACACCCCUCCCCGACCCCCUCUUUGGAAGGCAGAGGGGGAAUAAACGGUGGCGAUCCGGAGAGGGAGUUCAGGAAAGGACGGGGCUGGAUCCGUGGGAAUAGGCCUGCCUGUCAGGCCUCUUAUGAUCUGGAUCUCGGACUGGACAGGGCUCCAAAAUAACUCAGUCUGCAAUAUUUUCAAGGACCCGCUGGAAUACACAUGUAUGGAGAUAAGUAAUGCAAAUCCUUAGCACACUGAGCCAUGCAUGAGAAGGGAGACAGAGGAAGGUAAAACAGCCUUAAUUACAGAUCACUCACUUUUUUUAAUUAAAGGAAUUAACAAUUUUUAUCUCAUUUUAGGCCGGCAUUCAUUUUUAUGUGAAACGUUCACAGCAUAUAAAGUAAGCUACUUUAUGUAAAACGAGAGAAGUGUUUUAAGUGAGGAAUGACAAGCACACUUUUGAUUAUAGUUUUGAUGCUUUAUAGUGACGGAAUUCACAAUGUCCACACAUAUUUAUUUUAGCACUGCUUGCUGUUCAUAACGACAACAAUUCUUUGGGUGUGUUUUAAGAGGGGAAAAAGAAGUGCCAAUGGGCCAUUUGUCGCGCAUGUCGUGGAGAUAAGAGGGACAGUGUUACUUUUGUAGCCACUUGUUGUGCACAGAGCCAACUGUUGAUAGCUUGUAUCUAUAUCUUCACAUACAAUGAAGUCCUGGACCUGAACGCUGUUUUUUCACGCAAACAUUGAGUUUGAAUGAAGAAGAAUCUGGGCUUUUUUUCUGUCUGACUUUCUAAUGUCAGCGGUAUCGAAAGACAGGAGGUAAUUUCCAGUCAUGUAACGUCAGGGACUGACUUGAUGAAGGCAUAAAACCCCGUUGCAUCACUAACCAUUCCUUUCCGAGAAGGAUGUUCAAUUCAGGAGGCAGAAAGAGUGAUGACAGUGUUUUUACCGCAGCUGGAGAGAAAGCUGGGCUCCAACCCAGAGCCUCUUUGGAGAAGGAUACAUGUAAUGUGAGUACUGACGCAAACCCGGGGACGGAUAAUGAACUGCUCAAGAAACUGGAACGGCGCGUCUUGCGUGAGUGAGAGUGCAGGCUGCUGUGUGCGUAGCAAAGACGUCUGUGCCGUGCUCACCAUUCAUGCAGUGUGAUUAUUUCAACAAACACCUUUGCUCUCACUGUCUGCCACUAUCUCCCCGCCGCCUCCCCUCCGUGCCACACGUGCACACACGGCGCCCACGCACCGCGUCUAAUUGCCUGAGCACCAUCAGAAGAUAUUAAUAUUUAACAUCUCUCCAGCACCAGCCCCCCUUUCCUCGUCACAUCAGUCAAUAUGGCCACUCUGCAACAUCACCGGCAGCUUCUCAAGCACGGCACGGAAGUGAGCUGCGACUCCAGCGGGGAUGGCGCCGUGACAGUGCGGAUUACCAACAGUGCGCCACACGUGCAUCAACAUGAGCCACUGAGGCCGGCCAACAGUGGAGCAGGAGCAGCUGGAGGCUAUGGGGCUGUGAGUAAAAUGAACCCUAACCUCCACAAAUACAGUAUCUCCUCCAGCUGCAGCUCAGCAGACUCCAGACCAGCUGCGACCUCCACUUUGAGGGUGCAUAGGAAGGCACCACCGCUGUUUGAACGCUCUGCUGCCCAGUGCUGGGACCCCAAGUUUGACUCCCCCAUCCUGGAAGAGGCAUGCCAAGAGAGGUGCUUUCCGCAGACACAGCGGCGCUUCCGUUAUGUGCUCUUCUACCUGGCAGUGGCAGCUGUACUCUGGGGGGUGUACUUUGGGGUCAAUAGUGACCGCUGCAACCCCAUGACCUUCUUAGCUUCCACUGCCUGCUUUCUAGUCCUCCUAGUGCUCCUCUUUUUGUUCACCUUCACCCAGCCCUACACAUGGCUGUACAACCAAACCUCCUUACUCCUGAUCGCGGUCACCUUCGCCAUCACUUUAGCUCCACAGAUACAGACUGCUGGCUACACUGAGCUAGAGUGGGCUGGCGGUGGGAAUGCCUCACGUCUCUCACCAGAUAAAGUAGCACCACAUCCAACCCCUUGCAUCUCCCCCGUGGGCACCUUUUCCCUGUGCAUGGAGGUUCUGUUGUUGUUAUACAGUGUCCUCCAUGUCCGUCUGUAUGCCUCGGUGAUGCUGGGGCUCCUGUAUUCUAUAUUAUUUGAGGCAUUAGAAUGGCUGCCAUUGCUUCAAAGGAGUUAUGACACUACUGGAUGGGGGACAGGACCAGUGGGUUCAGGUUCUGGUUGGGAAGGCGACACCCUCCGCUGGCUGGGCCCGGCCAAAGCUCUGCUCCACCUGUGUGCCCAUGUCAUUGGCAUCCACCUGUUCAUUAUGUCUGAGGUGCGUUCCCGCAGCACCUUCCUCAAAGUGGGCCAGGCUAUAAUGCAUGGCAAAGACUUAGAGGUGGAGAAGGCCUUAAAGGAGCGUAUGAUCCACUCUGUCAUGCCAAGGCGAGUUGCAGAUGAGCUGAUGAAGCAAGGUGAUGAUGAGGGCGGUGGUGAGAACUCUGGCAAGCGUUAUUCCUCUGGGGCUUGCUCUGCCUCAGCUGUCUCAGUGGGUGGAGGAGGAAGUGUUGGAGCUCCACAAGCCCAAAGUGCCACAAACCCCAAGAAUCACCCUCACAACAAUCACAAACGCAAGAAGACCUCCAUCCCCCGUGCACAGAUAAUCUUCCGGCCUUUCAAUAUGAAACGCAUGGAGCCUGUCAGCAUCCUCUUUGCGGACAUUGUGGGUUUCACGAAAAUGUCUGCCAAUAAGUCAGCACCAGCCUUGGUCGGCCUUCUCAAUGAUCUGUUUGGACGUUUCGACCGGCUCUGUGAAUUAACCUGUUGUGAAAAGAUCAGUACCCUGGGAGAUUGCUACUACUGUGUAGCUGGCUGCCCUGAGCCCAGACCGGAUCACGCCUACUGCUGCGUGGAGAUGGGCUUGGGCAUGAUUCAGGCCAUCGAGCAGUUCUGCCAGGAGACAUGUGAGACUGUCAGUAUGCGUGUCGGCGUCCAUACGGGCACCGUGCUGUGUGGGAUCCUGGGAAUCAAGCGCUUCAAGUUUGAUGUAUGGUCAAAUGAUGUCAAUCUGGCUAACUUGAUGGAGCAGCUCGGUGUGGCGGGCAAGGUCCACCUGUCAGAAGCUACUGCUCAAUUCCUGGAUGACCAUUACCAGAGGGAGGAUGGGCAGGUGGUGGAGCGAGCCGGGCAGAGUGUGGUGGAGAAACUGAAGGGGUUGAAAACCUAUCUGAUCUCAGGAAGGAAGUUGGAGCAUGAUGUGCAGUGUGGCUGCUCUCAGGUGGGACUGCCAGGUGGAGAUUUUGUUGGGGUCAGCCUGUCCUCGUGUCCGCAGCCCCACACACCGGACCUUAUCCCUGGUGGAGCUCAGGCUGCUGAGCCCCUGCUGCCCCACCAACCACCAGACAGGAUUGGGCCUCCCUGUGUGUCCCGUAGUAUGGUCAUAUCUUCGGGGGCAGAACAGGGUGACGAUGUGGCUGUGCUGAAUGGCUGCCAGGAGGAGCACAAGACCAGCAGUGCCAAGUUCAUCCCAGGUCACAGUCCCAGAGCAGUCAACGGUCUCCUGAGUCCCCCGCUGGAGGACCCAGUGCGAGCUAGCCAGAGCUCCCUGUGCGACAUGCUCCAGGAGAAAGAAAAGAAGACUAGCACUAGCACAGGGACUGGCACCAGUCUAGGCAUGGCGGGCGGCACAGGGGCUGCGGGCACAGGAAUGGACCACUCCGCCCUGAUCCAACUACGUGCCAAGAACUUCAGACAAAAGAGCGACGCCCACUUUGUGGAUGUUAUCAGGGAGGACAGUUUGAUGAAGGAUUACUUUUUCAAGCCCCCCAUCAACAAGAUCAGCCUCAAUUUCCUAGAGAGACCUCUGGAAAUGGCCUACCGUAGCAGCUACAAGGAGGAGGUGAAGAACCAAGUUCAGGUGCAGACAUUUGCGAGCUCCACCUUCAGCUCCUUCCUGGAUGUUCUCCUCAGCUGUUUCGUCUUCCUGGCCCUGACACUGGCCUGCUUUCUUCCACCUCUGGUGAGCCCGGCUACUGUGGGCCCUCCAGCUGCUGCUGCCCUGGCCCUGGCUCUCCUGGCUGGCCUUUUGGAGCUGGCCUCCCUGGUGCUGUCCAUACGUAUGGCCUUCUAUCUGGAGGAGGUGAUGAAAUGUACCCGCUCCCUGCUCAUGGUGGUGUCUGGAUGGGUCCCCCGUCACGUGAUUGGGGCUGUGUUAGUCUCCCUCCCUGCCAUCUCUGUCUUGUCCCACCUCACCCGCAGCGUCCACUUGCCCCUGCAGGUGACCAUGUUCUUGUGCUGUGCCACCAUCCUGGCCAUCAUCCAGUAUUGUAACUUCUGUCAGCUAAGUUUUUGGAUGCGCUCAGUCCUGGCUACUGCUACAGGGGUCACCCUGUUGCUGUUGCUGUACAGCCCCUUGCACAGGUACAGCUCCGGUAAUAACCGCUUUCCAGUUCAUGGACUGAACAUCUCCACAUCCAGUGACGGUGGUUCGGCAUUAGUCACUCCUGGCCCUGACCCUCCCCCGCGACCUCUUGACCUUCUGGUCCCAGAGGCUGUCCUAGCCUUCUUUCUGCUCCUUCUCCUGGUCUGGUUCCUCAACCGUGAGUUUGAGGUCAGCUACCGUCUCCAUUACCAUGGCAACUUAGAGGCUGACAAACACCGCUCCAAGAUCCAGACGAUGCGAGACCAGGCUGAGUGGCUACUGGGCAACAUCAUCCCGAUCCAUGUCGCUGACCAGCUCAAGGUGACCCAGAGCUAUUCCAAGAACCAUGACAGUGUGGGCGUGAUCUUUGCCAGUAUUGUAAAUUUCAGUGAGUUCUAUGAAGAGAGCUACGAGGGUGGAAAAGAGUGCUACCGCGUCCUCAACGAGCUAAUUGGGGACUUUGACGAGCUCCUCCGCAAACCUGAAUUCAAAAGUGUUGAAAAAAUCAAGACAAUCGGUGCCACCUACAUGGCGGCGUCCGGACUGAAUGUCCAGCAGCUGGCUGAGAAUGAUGAUGACUCUCCACACGCUCACCUGAGGGCACUUUUCAACUUUGCCCUGGAGAUGAUGGGCGUCCUGGAUGACUUCAACAAGAACAUGCUGGGUUUUGGCUUCAAGCUCCGUAUUGGAUUUAACCACGGCCCAUUGACGGCAGGGGUGAUAGGCACCACUAAGCUGCUCUAUGACAUCUGGGGAGACACGGUCAACAUUGCCAGCCGCAUGGACUCAACCGGCGUGGAGUGUCGUGUGCAGGUGAGCGAGGAGAGCCAUGCUGUGCUCAGUGCAAUGGGCUUAGAGUUUGACUAUAGAGGCACUGUGAAUGUUAAGGGCAAAGGUCAAAUGAGGACCUUUCUGUACCCCAAAAGUGGGGAAAGUAUAUGUCAAGAUCGAACGGAGCUGGAUACCAGCGUCGGACCCUUGUCCAUGGCAUCAACAGCCAAUAAGACUUCAGGAUCUGUUGCCCAGGCAGCAGCUCUUCCUCCCUCUUCUUCCACUCCGCCUCCUCCUUCCUCUCUUUCCACACUCCCUCCUCAACCACAAAGCGCUGUGCGGCCUUCAAUAGCUUUCCAAACUAAGCCAACAGAGGUGAGGGAGGAAGGAUAUAGGGACGCUUCACACCUCCCUGGGCAGUCACCUGCCACAGACCUUCAUCUCCCACCACACUCUGAACUAGGCUCAGAGCCUAGUGCUGCACAAGUGCCCUCCCAGGUGCAGCCUGCUCCUCUCGCACUUCAAGAAGAGGAGGAUGAAGAGGAGGCCAACGAGCUAACGCAACUCAACGAGGAGUUUUAUGCUCGUCUCUGAUCCCUCCUCUCCUGUUCCCCUGUCUUCUGCCCCCCAGCUUCUGCCUCUCCAGGACUGACUGCAGAUGUGGGCAUGGAUGAAGAAGAGGGAGUUUGUCACUGCAACAUAAACAGUGGCUACAGUGGCUAUAAAAAUGUUGCCUGAGUGCUGGGGUGGGUUAGACCUGUGUUGAGCACAGCAGUGUAUAGGUGAGAAUGCUGAAAGGGGUUCGGAGGGAAGGACGUUUUGCUGGUGGUGUUGUUGAUGUUUUUUCUUGUUUGUUUUAGUUGUUAAGUGCCUUCAAGACUAGAACAAUGAACGAACAAAUCUCAAUACUGAACAAAGUUUUUACGAUCUUAGAUUGCAGAACAUGCUGUGGUUUCUUGCUCCAUGCUUUUAUUUUCAAUGCAAGUAUUUCUUUAAAAACAACUUAUUGUUGUGCCAUAUCAUUUCUUUUAACUUGAUCCAAGUCUUGACCUUACUUAGGGAAAACAAUUUUAGAUUCUAUAAAUAAAGUGCCAGUGCAGCAUAAUGAGCAGGGAACUGUGGGAAGAAUGAGGGAAUCACAUGAAGCAUUGUUAAUUUAUGUGUUCUGAUUUGACACGAGGGCUUAAUACAGUAUUCAUUUGUUCCAGAGUCUCGGUAAAAAGGGGACAUGCUAAAAAGCAGGCUGCAUAGAUUUUAGUUUGUGUAGCAGCUAAAUGCACAUUUUAAGCACAGGUCUUGCACAGUGUUUUCUCGACCACUUGUAUUUGGUAGUUAGUACCGUGGAAUAGCUUUUAAGAAAGUUUAAACAGAGUUAUUUUCUUUCACAACAAAUACAAUCAAAAGGGAAUGUAGAUUUAGAAGAAAAUAUGGUUUUGAAAAGUGAAAUUAUCACAAACGCAGGAAGGCACUUUAAAUAAAUAAGCUUAAAGUGAUACUCCACCCAAGUAUUUUGAGCAUUAAACACUCACCCCCUGUAGACCAAUCCUGCAGCAUAAUCCGUCUUUGCUGUCUAUCCGUAAACCCGUAGGCUAAAAUGAAAACUACAAACCUGCCUUUACCUAGCCAUACUCUGUAUUUUUGUUGUUAGCAAAUCCCAUGAAAAGACCAAAACAGUGUGUUAGUCCUUCUCUGAAUACUUUGGGACUUCCUUACCCUGUCUAUGGCUCUCAGCCAAAAUCCCAACAGCUGGGUAAUGUAGUCUUUUUAAAAAAUGUGUUUUGGGGCAUUUUGCGCCUGUUUCUUUAUAGCAGACAGUAGGGUAACAAGGGGAGAGAGAGAGAGAGAUGGGGAAUGACAUACAACAAUGUUGCCAGGCCAUACAUGAAAUGAGGGAUGUUGCGGUUCAUGGCUGCAGCCUAAAGCUGGGGUGGGUCAUUUAUUUCAGAAGCAUAUUUUGUUAUAUUUGUUGAAAUUCUCUUUACACCCUGACAGCGGUCAAUAAAUAAAAUGCUUUGACACAAAAAUCUCCAAUAUGAGGCUGUCGCAGGAGUGUAAUAAGCAUGAAAUAAUUUGGCUAGCCUACCUACCUACCUGUCUGCGUGCACUUUGCCCGUGCACUCACUGCACAUGAAAAUGUGUUUUGUGGGAGUGGCUUUGGAGGGAGGACUGAAGGGAGAGGGUGGGAGUUAUUUUGGUUGUAUUCUUUGAAAAUAUUGCUGUCUCUUGAUAGUUUCUAUGUUACCUACCCUAGCUUUAACGCCUACACAAGGCGUCCCUAGGAGUAAAUACUGCAUUUGUUAGGGAGUACUCUCAGUUCCUGAUUUGGUGUGCUAGUGAGCAUUUAUAGCAGCAGGACGGUGUACGUGGGAUUGACUCAAAAUAAAGCUACAGACCCCUUGUUGGUUGCAAUGAAGGAAGUGACACCCAGUGUAACGAUGGUCUCAUUGAUGUGUCUUUAUCCAUUUUUAGACAACAGUGAGAGGCACAGAGGAAUAAACUAUAUCAGGCUUUGACCUCAGACAACACUUGUUAGUAGGGUAGUUUCAUGGGAUUUGUUAAUUAAGACUAAAGCUUAUGGCGGGGUGAGAGUUUGAUACUACUAAAGAUUUUGAGUAUCACUUGAAGUGGGACUGUAAGGGACAAUCACUGUGUAGCUCAUGAUAGAUGAUAGGGUGGUCCACAUUGCUGUUGGUUAAAGUGUCAUAGCACAGAUGAACUACAGUUUCUACAGUACUGUGUGUAAAACCUCACACUCAAAUUAUGUGACGUUCCAUUCGCUGCCUUCAUUGCCAGAAGAAAAAACAAAUAUUGGUCAGUCCAUCACUAUAGAUGUAUUCAAUAGUUAAAUAUUGUCUGCCUUUAGCUGUGUGACUUGCUGUUGAUAGGGGUGGGACUUUUAAAUUCAUCCUUCCUCAGCCUUUAUAGGGAGGGGGCCCUCUACUGUAUCAAUAUACUUAAAUUGUGCCACUUUAAUUGAGUGAUCUAUAGGUGCAGUGCAACCUAAACUAGCUGAUUGUUGUGUGGUGCCUAAAAGUAUGACUGUAUUUUUGAGUAUGUUGGUUUUCAGAAAGUUUUUUUUAUCAUGCUGUUUUCAUAAUGAUGAUAGAUUAUGAUUGUAUGUUUGAGGAGAUUAUGCUCAUUGUGCGGGUUUUGCUGCAACUUUGUUUUUGGACAAAUUCCAUCUAUUUUUUGUUUUGUUUUUGCUCUUUUCCAGUUCUUUCAUUCUGUGAUUAGUCGCCUGGAAUAGUGUGGUGGUGUUACAAUUGAUUAGCUCUUUGCUCUUUACUCCUGAAAGCACUUGUCCCCCCCCCCCUUACACUUUUCGUGCGUGUAUGUGUUUGAGAAAGAUGUUUCAUUUUUAUUCCAAGUAAAUAACACAGAAAAGAUCAAAAUAUGAUGCAAAAGGUAAAAUGAAUCAACUACAUGGUUCACUUUUUAACUGUUUGCUGUUGCUGCCUUAUAUGUAGAAUUAUACGCACAAAGCUGCAUUCUUUAAAACAGAGAAAAGAAAGCCGUGAAGUUUAAACUCUGUAUAAUGAUCCUGCAGAAACAUAUCACCACCACAUUUUAUAGAGACAGGUCAACAUUUUGGCUGCAGAAUCUUGCCAUGAGAAGCGAUGGCCACACACACACAGAUAGAGACGGUUCCUCCUUUUGAUCCCUGUUUAUUUAGCCGCCUCUACCUGUGGCAUGAAAAGCAUCAUUGUUUACCUCCAAACAUAACACAACCAGUGCCUUUUAAAUUAGUAAUAUGUUUAAUCAGUGUGUGUGAGCUGUGGUUAUUUGUAUCAUAUAAUCAUUAUAACCCUAGCACCGUAAAUCCCCAUAAAAAUCCGCUGUCACUUUAGAGUGAGACACAAAAAUAGCUACGUGAGCUUUUUCAUUGCAAUUUAAAAUAUACAGCACCUCUCGUUGCAUAUUCUCAGCGCGCUCAAGUUUGCCAAAGUUAUGAAAACAGAUGACAUCCAGAAUCACACUCCUGUUAACCUCCUGCCUCACGUUGUUAGAUAAUUCUUCGUGAUUUUCAGGCCGUGUCGCUGUAGCCCUAGCGUGCACAGAGGUGUGGGACUCCGCAGGUUCAUGGGCACACCGUCUCUCCAGUAGCGCACAUCUGUACACAGGUAUAAAUAAAAUAUUAAAGUGAACACUGCUGCCUCUGUGAUCUGUGAUGCAACGGGGGUUUAAGGGUGUGUGAUCUUGCAUGGGAAAGUAUGAGCACUACAUUUUCAGUUUGAUUCUGCACCAUACUAUUGUCCUUUCAACUGACUUCAAUAUCAUUCUUUUCUGCAGCGAACAUUAAGCCUGCAUUGCCAACACGCACUAUCCUUCCAAUCACUAGGCUUUGCUCUUUUAAGGUUACUUGGAUUUUGUCCUUCUCUGACAGCGUAUUGAUGGAUGAUGUGUGUAUGACAAGAUUUGUUUUAGUUUUGGCAAAGGGAAAUAAGUGUCCCCAGACGUCCAGCGAUCCUGUUAAAAAAAUGCAAGCAAGAAAGCAGCCAAGAGCAUUGAGAAGUUUAAGGCGUUCAGUCAUCGUUGAGAAGGUGUGUUUCUGCUUUGUGACAGAAAAAGGUCGUAGAACGUAUUUUUUAAGCACUUGUUCAAAUCAUCACAGCAAAAUUAGCAUUGCCUAAUCACUCAUUUAAAUGGUGACAGCUCCACAUCUUUCUAUUAUACACUUUCUAGUAAAUUCAACCCGUAUGUGUUUUUAAAUACACUGGGACAAAAAUAAGACGGAGUUGUUUGAUUUAAAAUCUUUGUGUAUUCGAUUUAUGUUCAUGAAUGAGAUGUAUUAUGUAUGUUUUGUGCACAUUACCCAUGUAUCAUUUAUCAACACAUGAUCGUAAUCUGUACACAUUUGCACAAAGCACUCAGUGUUUGUACAUAUGCAGUUAUUUUAUGUCACAUAUGAUUUUUUUUAUACAUGUGCAUGUGUCAGAUUUUGCCAGAAAACAAUGAAAAAGAGACGUAUUAUCAAA